AUGCUGCACGGUGCGGAAACUGGACUUGCUGAACAGCAUGCGCAGCAGCUGGCUGCUUCGGGGUCCUAUACUUAUAUCUCGCCUUACAACGACGCCGAUGUUAUCGCUGGACAAGGAACAAUUGGACUCGAAAUACUCGAGCAGAUUGAUGAGGUCGAUAAUAUCUUUAUUUCUAUGGGUGGCGGUGGACUCCUCAGCGGCAUCGGGUCCGUUCUCAAAGCUUUCCGUCCACAAACGAAUAUUUAUGGAGUUUCCGCCAGCAAUUCCAAAGCUUUGGCAGCCUCUCUAGCUGCCGGUCAUGUUGUUGAAACAGAUCAUCUCCCUACGCUGGCCGAUGCUGUGGCGGGAGGUAUUGAUAAAGAUACGAUAACAUUUUCCCUGGCAAAAUCGGUCGUGGAUUUUGUUCUUGAGUGCGACGAGGAAGAGAUUUUGAGCUCUGUGAAGGAUCUUGCUGCUCGAGAAAAUGUGAUCGCUGAGGGCUCUGCGGCACUUGCUCUCGCCGGGUUCAAUAAAGUUGCUGAUAAACUGACCGGCCAAACCAGCGUCAUCAUUCUGUGUGGUGGGAAUGUUGAUCAUGAUUUCAUCGCAAAGGUAGUAUCCAGCGUUUAA